AUGAUUCCGGUGAUGUGACAACGCACAGCAUGAACAGCAGAAUUACCAAAUUUACAAACAACGCAACCCAGUUUUUAAAACAUUACAUCAGGGGACACUCUGAGGCGAGGAAAGAUGACAGAUCCGGUAGAGUAGCAAAACUGCUUAAACGUGGAGACUACCCGGGAAUUUCCUCGGACAUCGUCCUGGAAACGCCGUGCUUCCAGCUCCGAGAGGAUGGAGAGGUGGACCGACACGUGUUUAUGGGACUGACAACAACAGAAUUUGUAAUGGCAAUUCAGCGUCUGCCAGAUUACCGGAAACGUCCCAGCGUUAAGUACAGAGCGAAUGUUGACCUUGAUGUGGAGGGCAUGGAACUCGUGUGCUCCUCUCCAUUGGAGUUUAUCAGGUUUUUCAUGAUCGACUCGCGGUCCAGGAAGUUCGCGGUCUGCACAAGUCUCGGCAGCGUGUGGUACUUCGAGAUGUGCAACUCAGCAGACGGCUCAGACGAACUGUGGACAAGUUGGCGGGAAAUGAUCCAGGCCCAAGACCAUCCGGAGUGGUACGGCUACCGGAUGUGGACGGUCGGGAAGGAGGACGCCAUGGAUGCCAAAAGAUCUUCAAUACCUAGAGACACCAAGGGUGAAGACGGAAUCCUAAGAUUUAUCAAAAGACCACUUGCCUUCUGUGCUGUAGACAAUGUAGGCAUCCAGAGCUCCUUUGCGAGUCUCCAAUCCAAUCAUCCUGCUUCGUCCACAAAUUUCCAAAAACAGACACUGGUUCUCAUCUGGAGAAGACAAAGAAUGCUAAAAUUCCAAAACUUUCUCUUUAUAGUAAAGUCAAAUUUGUAAUCCCCACACGUCAAACGGUCAAAAUCAAGAAUGAUGUAUGGUGAGCUGAAACAGACGCAAUCUUCUACAGAUCUUUCAGCAUCAGACUCGCGCAGGUUAAGACCUCACGUGGUCAGGAAGAACCAAUCAGAGAUCAGUCUAGGUGGCAGCACUGGGUUCACCCCUGGAAGCGGCCUGCACUUCAAGUACUGGACUCUGGCCAUGAUGAGUGAAGCCUUACCGGAGGAGCCUCACCGAGCCGUUAACAUCGUCACCAUCCGCUUUCCAAAGUGGGGCCUUAUCAAGACCUCACUCAACCAGUUGCAUAAAAUUUGGAAAAUACGGAAUGAAGUGAGAUUAGCAAGAGAACGCCAGAUGGCACUAGAUCUUUCCGAUUCGGACGAAAGUAUCACUGAUAUAUUCGAAGAAUUUGCUCAGGCAAAACGAAAGUCCGCGCCCACCAGAUGGACCAGCCUGAAGAGUAGGCGAGUAGAGCGGCCUCCAACACUGGAAGCUAUGCUCAACUCGGCGGUGUUCGAAACCUGCGGAUCCCUCAAGAGGAAGGAGAAUGAAUGGCUGUACGGGUCAACGCCAGAGAUCUUCGCUGCACAGUUGACCCAGAUUCACAUCGACCUGUUCAAGCAAAUCGCAGAACUGGACAUUAUCAACUUCUUCGACAAACACAACGCAGACCGUCCUACAAACCUGAUCAAGAUGCUAGACUUCUCCAACCAUGCCAGCAAUCUCGUUGCCAUGGAGAUCGUCAAAUCCAACAAGCUCGCCGAGAGGGCCCAGAGGGUUAAGUUCUUCAUACAGGUCAGUGAGGCGUGUCGGGAAUCCAGUGAUCUCCAGUCAGCAUGGUCGGUGAUAAAUGGACUUCAGCUGUUCCCGGUGGCUAAGUUGACGGACACGUGGUCAGAGGUUUGCAGGAACUUUCCCGCCAUUUACAGGAACUACGAGAAUCUCUGCCAGAUAUUUGCAUGCUUGGCUUCACCCAAGUACAGAGAUGAACUGCAGAGCUCAUCACAGCGCCCGCCAUACCUUCCCUGGAUAAACCACUUCCUAUGGCAUGUAUUGAAGACACUGUGUGGAGAUUUCACGAAAACGACCAACAAUGAUAAGAAGAAGUUUAGAAAAAUGUCUUUCGCUGGGAAAUUCUUCGGGAGGAAGAAUAGUUCGGUUCAAGCCAGUGUCUUGAAACGAUUGGUGAAACCAAAGAAGAAAGCGGCCAGUAACUGGGUGACACGUCACAGAGACAAGACUUCUCCAUUCAGGAAGGUAACACAGGGUGACCUGGGUGUUAAGCAGCAACAGCAACUUGAUUCCAAGUUGGUUGACAACAUGGCAGACGUCCUGGCAUCGAGGAUAAUCACACAGGGCAUUAGUGAACACUCUGGUGUUAAUCAGACACCUCGAGCAGAUAAACCUAAUGUGUCAGUAAUGCCAGUAUCUGACUCUUCUGUACACCAUAAAUCAGGUGGAUUCGAACUAACCAAAGAAAAACGUAUUGAAAUUGGAGAAAGUCAUGCUUCUGAGCAUGGCAAUGAUCCCUCGACUUCCUUUGAUAGAGACAAAUUCGUGUCUGAUAUUGAGGGUGAAGAAAGGAUUGAGAAGAUGCCUGUGGAUAGUCAUCACCAUGGCAUCUAUGAUGUAACCAACGCUGAUCCUAAGCAAAAUGAGCCUGUACGUGCUCAACAAGAUCCUACAACAGAUGGUUCAACUUUAGAGCCUUCAGUAAGCUCAUAUGAACAAUCUGAAGAAAAGAAAGAUCUAGUGCAUGAGGAGAGUGGAAGCCAGGAUCCUGAAACAGAACUCUCUACUCGUGUUGGCUUACCUGUCAAUGGAACAGCGUCAAACACAUAUAAUCAAUCCAAAAGGACAUCCCACUUUGCCCAGGAAGAUGAAGAAUUCAUGAGAGAGAAGGAUAAAGUGAUCGAAAAGGCAAUCAAGUUCAAGCUGAAGCAAACCAAGAGAGGGGACAUGUUCAAGGACUGGACAGAGGUGGAGGAAGAGUCGUCUGAUGAGCAGAAACCGGCACCUGAAAAACAGAAGACUUUCUUUGCAUGGAGAUCCCUUUUCUCGGUCAAGAAUAAAUCAGCAACAGAUAGUGAGGACACUAAAGGAACAAAGAUUGUGAAAAUACGUCCGGAAAGAAUAUUUACAAAAGUUGAAUCACCUAAACAGGAUCUUAAACGAAACCUUGAAGUUGAGGGUGGAAUGGGCAGUUUAAGUAAAGACAGUAAUAAUUCUGAAAGAACAUCAGCCAUUUUUGAUAGUACAGUAGAAAAUUCCCCUGAAGGCAUGGCCUCGGCAGAUUACAAGAUGUCUCCAAAUGAUCGACAAAUGAAAUCAGUGCGUUUCCUGAAUCAGUCGCACAGCAAGGAUGAUGAUGGGAACAUAAACUGGUCGAGUUCUAACCACCAUUUCAGUCCAUGUGUCCCAGAAUGUGCACUCUGUUGCUGUGGGACAUAUUGGGAGAACAAUGGAACAGCCUCUUGUGGUAUGAUCAUCAACAUUCCUGAUAGACAGUGUUUUGACAGACAGGAUAAGCAGACAUGCCAGUGUGGACUGGGGCUGAUGGACAAUAUGGGAUCCCUGGACAAUGGUUUGACAAAGCCUCCUUCUGAAGAAGCCACUUGUGGGUAUAAUACAAGUGAUGAAAGAUCAGAUAGAGCUACCUGCCAUUGUCACAAUGAAUCCCCAGACAGGAACUGGACACAUCAUAUCUUUGCCAGAUGUGGGUGCUGUUCAACUGAUGAAAAUCCAGAUGGAGAUGUUUGUCCAAAUACAAUAUCUGAAGAAACAGGUGGAAUGAAUCUUGAUUGGAGAAAGCCUGGACAGGAACAAGAUGACCACAAGCAUCAUGCUGAUAAGAGGAGAAAGGAUACUUCAUGCCAUUGCUUUAAGUUUGACAGUUCAGGAUAUAAUGCUUCCUGUGAGAAUUCACAAAUCAGAUGUGUUCAGUGCACUGUUGCCCAAUGUCAUUACCAAAAUUUAAACUCAGGGUUAACAUCUGUGGACAGCAACAAGAGGCUGAAACCCUACUGGAACCCUGGCAACAAGGACAGCUUGUGUGAUGCAUGUGUUCAAAUGUAUGAUGCAUUAAACUACAAGAAAUUGAACAAUCUGGACAGAAACUGGUCAAGUUCAAGUCGUCCGUCACCCCGCCAGAUGUGCUGGACGUGUGACAUGUCUGGCUGUGUCCUCCACAACUGUGGCCUGGAGAAACUUGUGGAGCUGCAACAGGCGUGUCUGACCUUCCAUCUCAAGGCCAACAGCAGACUGAAGGCUUACAUCACUGACAAGCAUCAACAUGUGACACAGUAUCAAAUGCUGAGGGCUACUGUGUCAAUGACAUCCUAA